GGUAUCUGCUUCGGAGAGACCGAGCAGAGGCGGGAAAUGGCGCCUGGUAACACAACGGUGUGUCAUUUCGAAGACGGCCCUUGAGUAGAUACACAGAAAAAGUCGGACCGUAUCACGAAAACAACCAGCGCCUCUGUUGUGAUGGUUAAUCGGACCUGAGUCGUUGUGUUCAGACACUGCGGAUCACUGUAAACCUUACAUGUGACUGCUAAAACAAUGAGGCUGAGAAUGCGUAAGGCGUCUCAGCAACCGAACCCCACUCUGGCAAGCCGCCCGUCCAGAACCAAGCGGAGGCAUUCAGAAGUAGAAGAGGACACUCCUACCAGUGGAGGGAGGGGAUUGUUCUCAACCAUCAAGAAGUUCAUCAGAGGAAAUGCUGUUAAGGUGCAGCAGGAAAGCCCAGCCAAGAAGACACGCCUCCACUGUGAUGUGGACAACAACCUGAUCACCUCCACACCCUCAAACACCAACACCCCUCGAAAGACUAUAAGCAGAGUCGGCAGAAGAGGCUCCGUCAAUGGACAGGCAACUAAUCAUGACAGGAGUAAGGAGAAACCCAAUGGUAGUCUGGAGGAGACGACAGCCGUUGAGGUGACCACCAGCCCCCCCAGAACGACCCUUCUUGGGACCAUCUUCUCUCCUGUUUUCAACUUCUUCUCACCAGCUAAGAAUGCCUCUUCUGGUUCAGACUCUCCAGACCAGGCAUUGGAGGCCGAGGAGAUAGUCAAGCAGCUGGACAUGGAGCAAGCGGUGGAGACUCCCACCAGCACAGCUACAUCCACACAGGAAAUGUGUGUUCCCACCAACUUCUACUCUAGUGUAUCACAGCUGCCAUCUCUGCGGCCUCCCCACAUCCUCGAGGCAUCUCCUACAACAGAGGAGGGAGAGCUUGAUGCUGAUGCUGACCUUCCCCCUCUCACAGCUCCAGGCUCCAGUCCAGAGAUGGCAUAUGUGGACGCUCCUCCCACCGCAGUACCACCAGAGGCAUCCUAUGAGGAAGACUGGGAGGUCUUUGACCCGUACUUCUUCAUCAAACAUGUCCCUCCACUGACAGAGGAGCAGCUCACUCGUAAGCCAGCCUUGCCAUUGAAGACACGCAGCACGCCUGAAUUCUCUCUCGUCCUAGACCUGGAUGAAACGUUGGUCCACUGCAGUUUAAAUGAGCUGGAGGACGCAGCACUUACCUUCCCUGUCCUCUUUCAGGAUGUCAUUUAUCAGGUGUAUGUGCGAUUGAGGCCGUUCUUUAGAGAGUUUCUGGAACGCAUGUCUCAAAUAUAUGAGAUCAUCCUUUUUACAGCCUCUAAAAAGGUGUAUGCAGAUAAACUGCUCAACAUCUUGGACCCUAAAAAGCAGCUAGUGAGACACAGGUUGUUUCGUGAGCAUUGUGUCUGUGUCCAGGGAAACUACAUCAAGGACCUCAACAUCUUAGGCAGAGAUCUGUCCAAGACCAUCAUCAUCGACAAUUCACCGCAAGCCUUUGCAUAUCAGUUGUCCAAUGGGAUUCCCAUAGAGAGCUGGUUCAUGGACAAGAAUGACAAUGAGCUGCUGAAGCUGGUGCCCUUCCUGGAGAAGUUGGUUGAGAUGAAUGAGGAUGUGCGGCCGCAUGUUCGGGAGAGGUUCCGGCUUCACGACCUGUUACCUCCCGAUUGAACUCGGCCGCGGGUCUCUCUGAACGGGACAACAUGAAAAGACUGAAAACAACAUGCGUGUAAAAAGCCUCUCUUUGGAUUACAAACUACAACAUUGCCAUUACUUUUAAAAUUUUAGCCUUUUUUUUUCUUUUUUUGUUUUUAAAUACACCAUUGCUUUUUAAAAACUUCAAAAGAAAAAAACAUUUUUAAAGAUCUGGGUGAAAUUUUCUAAAAAUCUAAAUGGAUAGAUAAAAUCACACUUACUGUGCACAAGCCCAGGCAGACUUGUCUUUUUGAGUGACUCUCCAGCUGUGGAGCUAGAUGCUGGCUCCACGCUAAAUUCUGAAGUCUUGGUGCUGGUUUAGUGGAUAUGAAAAUGCCACCUGGUAAAAAGGAACUCCACCCUGCAGAGUCCCUGAACCCAAACCGACCCCCUGGUGCUCACGCUGUUGACACUGACGAAUAACGACACUCUGCGGCUACAGACCAUUUUAACAGGAAUGACUGGCCUGUAAAUCAAUCUGUGCAUGUGUGUAUGUUUACUUCUAGCCACACACACACUCACUGAUUUGGUGUUUGGGCAAAAACCUACAAUCUGUAGCCUUUAAAAAUCAUAUGCAUUCCUCUGUAGCGCUGUCAAGUUUUUAUUGUUGGUUGCAGUUUUUUUCUGGUAAAACUGGUGUUUCAUUGUUUAUAAAAAGAAAAGAUAGCCUUUCCAAAAUGUUUUACUUCUGUUUGUAAGAUAUGAUAUUUUAAAAGGGGUCAUGUAAGUUUUAUUGUAAGCCUUUUUCCAAUUAGGAGAACAUGGGUGCGUAUGAAUGACAGUCCACCGCAUAGUCAAAUGAAAUGGAGUGAAUCCAGGACAAGUAUAGUUUGUUCUCAUUCUGACAAAAUCAGUGUGUUGGCUUCACUGUGGACACAUCAUGGCUCCUUAAUUAAUGUUAGGAUUAAGAAUCUUCUUACCUGUAAAUCUGACAUAUUGUAAUGGUUUGAGGGCAUUCAUUUUCAAAGUGACAUGUCAACAUUAACCUUUCUUUAUUAAUAGUAUUUGAUUUGUCAUUCAUGUGUAAUCAGUAUUGUCUCUUACUCCUAAUCAAGUAUUCUGGCUAAAUCAGAGCUGUUUCUUUUAGUUGUAAUGUGUAAUUCGAUGGCUAUAUCAGUAGCAUUAUGACUAAUGUAGCACAUCUCUACCAGUGUGUCAUGAAGUCUACCCAUGGUAGAAGUCUAUGACUAGACCCUGGACCAGCCAUAUCUGGAACCAGCAACGUACUAUUUCUGUCAGCUUCACUGACUGCCCCUCUACCUGUCUGUUUCAUACAUUUUUACUUAGUACUUUUAAACAUUUGUUCUUUCUUUUUGCUUAGCACAGUUUAAGGUAUCGUGUUUCAAGAAUGGUAACUAUAUGAAUGUGUUGUUGCCCAACUGCAGGCUGGACUCUCAAGCCAAACUUGACAUUUUCCUCCUCUGUUGUUUCAACUUAAUUUAUUUGGUAGUGAGACACAGCAGGCCGAAGUGUAGAUGUGUUGGCCUGAACACAGGAGGUAAAGCGAGAAAACUCUUAAUGCCUGUUUUUUGGUCAGCACCCAAACCCUCGAGAGUUAACUUGAAUCUCUGUGACAAUUUGGCAUGCAUUGUUGAACUUUUUCUUUUCAGUUCUUGUUUGAAAGUGCAUUUUAUGUUAAAGCAAAAAGUGAGUGUUUGGGUUGCCUGUACAGUGCCAUAUGAUUCCUCUCCUCACAAGUUCCUCCCUGUGGCAUCUCCUAUGCUCUCACCCUUAAAAUGUUUCGAUGGAAAGAGACAAUCAGACCUCAAAGCUCUGCAGAUAUAAAAACAUGGAGACACCCAGCUUUCCCCUGUUUUUUUUAUUUUUUUUAUUUCCGUGCGUGUUGUGUAGUGUGACUCUAAUGAGUUGUACCCCUCCCCAUGUGUAAACUACGCCAGGUGAAUCCUGCUCUGCCCAAACAAUCCCUGCUGCUCACUUAGCACAGGUUCUGUUCAGUGGUGGUUUCUAUCUGUUCAGCGCUGGCCCGUCUUUUUGCCUUUUCUCACCAGAAGUUAGUAGCUCUCCAGAAAUUAGAAUUUGUUUUUAUUCAAGUGAAAUCGUUCAAGGGCACAAUGGUGUUUACUCGGACGUAAUGUCACUAGUACACAUGUCCAGACUAUGAAUGUAAAUUGUACAUGGGGUGAAGGCUCAAGUGUCUUUCCAAACUCCAUGUUCUGUCUUCAUCUAGAACAAAAGAAGAUGAGGGAUGGUGGUUCAUGCCUGCCGUUCAGAUGUCUAAAAGAAGGCAAGAAAACAAUACAUGUGGAAUUGGGAGCACGUCUUGAGGUCCCACCAUGGUAGCCCCCCCCCCCCCUGUCCUCCAUGACCUCUCACCAUCCUGACUGCCAUCUUUUAGUAUGCAAGCCUCGCUCCGAGUGUGCGCUCGUCUCCUCGGUGGGCUGUGUGAUUAUGUAAAAUUAUCAGUCAUGGCUGUUUUCUGAAGGAUCAGUGGGAGACAUUUGAUACUUUUCAUCCUGCUCAUCUUUAUGUGCAUUACCAGUCUAUUGUACACUGAGUGUUGUACAAUACAUGCAGCUUCAUGUUUAAAAAAAUCCUUAAAGUAAGGAAAAUCUUUUGUAUUUUUGAUUUCAAAAGGCAUGUCAUAUCUACUUUUUAAAUGUAUUAAUGAAGAUUUAACUUUACAUCAGAUGGAGUGUUUUUUGUUUUUUUUCUUACAAAUAUCUGUAUGUUUAGUUUAGCGCAAUGUCACUGAACUGUUAAACUUAGCAUGUAGAGAAUACAGCUUGCUUUGUGGGAAAGUCCUGAAUUAAAUUUUAAUCAUGGCACUUUUUCUGCAGAAAAACAGCAGUCGUGUUAAUGACUUAGUUUUUUAUUUUAUUUUUUUCAAAUAUCCGUUAAGCCAUUUUACUUGCAAGAAUUGCUAUUUGUGCUGAAGAUGUAUUUAAAAAUGUUUUAAGACAUCUUUGUUAUCUGUCAGGCUGUAUGCUAUUGUAAAGUGUAUAUACAGUUACAUUGAAUUUCUGAAACAAAGUUUUAAAGUUAAAAACAUUG